AUGUCUGGAAUGCCUAAAAUGUUUUCAUCCGAAAGAGUAUCUAAUAAGUUAUUCGAGGUUGACUUUAGCGCUGUCGUCGCUGUUGAUUUUGGAACUACAUGCAGUGGGUUUGCGUAUUCCCAUUGUAUCAAUCCGGAAACUCAAGUAAAUACCUCUUUCCCUGGACAAGUAGUUCAAAAAACGAACACAGUGCUACAAUAUGAUGAUAAAUUGCAAGUCGAGGCAUGGGGAUACCCUGCUCUUGCUAAAGAGCCAAAAAGGAAGAGAAGAAUCGAGGAAGAGAAACGGCCAAUUGAAUUAUUCAAAUUGCAUUUAGCAGAUCUCAAAAAAAAACCGGAACUUCCUGACGGAUUGAAUUAUAAGAAAGCAAUCACUGAUUAUCUUCGUCAGAUGCAAAUUUUGAUUAUGGAAACUGUAAACCGACGUUGGCCUGGUCUCUCACUUUCAGAAAUACGAUUUGUAUUCACUAUUCCGGCGGGAUGGGUAAAUAUUCCCGAGGCAGCUGCAAUUCAUUGCUUAAAUAUUAUAGAAUCGCAUGGAUUAGAAAUUGGAGACACAUUCUUGGUAUGCGAUUGUGGAGGUGGAACAGUCGAUUUAACGAUGCGCACCUGCGUGGAAAAAGACCAACUCGAAGAGGAAACUAUACCUACGAUGGGAAUUUGCGGUAGCACAUAUGUCGAUAAGGAAUUUAUAAAAUUUCUGGAAAAAUGCGUAGGCAUUGACGCUAUAAGAAAAUUCAAAGAAAUGCAUUAUGGGCAGCUUCAGUACAUGAUUCAGAAUUUCUUUAAUCUUCGGGUAAAAAAUAACUUUAAAGAUGACCCUAAGAAAUUCAAGACUAUUGAAUUCGACAUAGAUCAAUAUUGUCCGAAGUUAAAACAAUACGUGUCCGAAGAAAUUCAGAAAGAAUUGGACGAGAAUGAUUGGAUCAUUGAAUUGUAUUACAAUGAUGUGAAAGCAAUGUUUGAUCCAAUUGUCGACAAAAUACUUAAAUUGAUACAGAACCAAUUAAAUUCGAAUCCUAAAAUCACAUGUUCGGCGAUCUUUGUGGUUGGGGGUUUCGCCGAAAGUCCUUACCUGAUCUCGAAAAUUCGAAAAACUUUUGAUCGCUAUGUUCGUAAAAUCGCUGUACCUACGAAUCCGAUAACCUCUGUUUUAAAGGGUGCAGUUGAUUAUGGAUUGAACAAAGAAGCUGUGAAAAUACGUGUUUUGCCUAGAGCUUAUGGGAUUGAAGUUACCAACAUCUUUAAAAAAGAUAUAGAUCCAAUUAAACGGCAAACCCCGGAUGGACAUAUUAGGAAAUUCAGUUGCUUGGCGAAACGAGGUGAAAAAGCAGCACCAAAUCAUAAAUUCGCCUCAACAUUUUAUCCCGUUUAUCCAAGCCAGACGCACAUCUCGUUCAGGGUCCUUAGCACGAAUGACAAUAAUGCGCGUUAUUGUGAUGAUGCGAAACACGUCGGAAGCUUGAGGAUCGAGCUACCUGAUGUCGAACUUGGCUUAAAUCGGCCAGUUGAAUUUGAACUAUGCUUUGCCGAAGAAUAUAUCAGAGCAACUGCGCGAAAUAAAACAAACAAUCGCGAAUAUCCUGCUGUAUUUGAUUAUAAUGUAGAUGGCUAG